CCCUAAACUCCACGGCGCGUGCAUACCUUCACGCUCACCAGUUGCAGUUGAAUCGCGUGGAGACAGAAGGGGGGAAGCUGAGCGGCACUUUAACGGCUUUCACGUUGCGACGGUGACAGAUCAGGAUAUUACGCUGUCCGUGUGGAUACAUUCAUAUUUUUGUCCGUUCUGGUCAUCGGACUUUUCUCCGCUUUCGGACUUUUUUUUCCCCCCUCCCGUGAUGUUUAAGGACCCAUCAGCAGCGUUCUCCAUCCCUGUUGCACAGCAGCGGUUGGUCUGAAUUCGGAGCUGAAUUACAGGGAAACCAGGAUUUAGACCCCAGGGCCACGGGACCCUACAGACAUGCUUGCAGCCAUGCUGCGCCAGAGCACUGGCGGUGGAGGAUCAGGUGGAUCAAGUGGUGGCAGCAAGGGUGUUGGUGGAAAUAAACUCACUUUAGGCAUAUCUCGACUCUCCAGCUCCAGCUUGGGGUCAGGAGGCCCCUCCAGGUUGAUCAAGGGCAACUCGGUCAGCUCGGACAACCAAGAUGUCGCCCCUGCAGACCCAAACUACAUCAUGCAGCUUGUCAGCGAUGUACGCAAGUUUGCUGACGUGCUGCUGCAGCUCAAAGAGGUGUUCAACUCCAAAGAGCACCAGGAUUGCCUCCAUCAGGCGGUCCAUGAGCGACUCGGCGAGCUGCUGCGAGUCCUAAAGGCCAUCAUCAAGAAACACCAGAACCUCAACUCUGUGGAUAUCCUCAGCAAAGCUGGAACAGUGAUCGCCACGGUCAAAGGAGUGAACUUCAAUGAGGUGAACGAGGAGAACAAACAGAAGCUUUUUGGUGAGAUCUACACUGCUAUUGACACAUUGGCGUUCACCUUUGGCAAUGUAGUGUCUGACUUCCUUAUGGGAGAUGUAGAGAAUGGAUCGGUGUUGGGGCUCCCCCUGACUAAGAGAAGUAGGUCUUCUGAGAACCUCUCCGUGGAAUCUGGAGGAUCCGGGCCUGAGAAAGAUGAUCCGCCAGGGCCAUCUCUACCGGUUCGACCCGAAGAGGUGGACAGGACACUGCAGCGGCAGGACAGCGGAGUGGAGUCGGUUCUGCUCUAUGCCAAGGCAUGGUCCAAGUACACCAAGGAGCUCCUGGCAUGGGUGGAGAAGAGGCUCAGCGUGGAUAUCGAGUGUGCCAAAAGUUACGCCAAGAUGGCAGAAACCGCCAAGACUCUUGCAAGUCAGCAGGAGUUCAUGCCCUUCCGUGAGACAUACAUGACUGCUUUCAAAAAUGACAUCGAAUACAGUCAGCUGGUACUUCAAACUGCAGCAGUACUCCAAAGCAACAAGUUUGUGCAGCCUCUGCUGGCCAGAAAGAAUGAGCUGGACAAACUACGGAAAGAGGUCAAAGAGCAGUGGCAGAGAGAGCAAAAGAAAAUGCAAGAUGCAGACAGCGCUCUGAGGAAGGCCCGGCUGCUGCAGGCCCAGCGACAGGAAGAAUACGAAAAGGCCAAGGUGAGCACCAGCCGCCUGGAGGAGGAGCAGACUGCGGGAGGAGGAAGUGCAGCCACAGCCAAACAGCUGGAAAAGCGGCGUAGGCUAGAGGAGGAGGCCCUGCAGAAGGCUGAGGAGGCUAGGGAUCACUCCAAAGCUUGUCAGGUUGAUGUGAGUGUGAAGAGAGUGGACCUGGCCAACACCAAGAGUGAGAUCAUCACUCAGAUCAGAAAAAUGGUCUCCCAGUGCGACCUCACCCUCAAGGCUGUGACCGUCAACUGGUUCCAGCUCCAGCAGGCCCAGGUUGUGUCUUUACCCGUCAACCACCAGAGUUUAUGUGAAAACGCCAAGCAGUAUGAGCCCGGUCACCGUUACAUCGAGUUCGUCAGGAGUUUGCCAACUGAUGGGCCUCGCCUGGAGACACACUCAUUAGAUUCAAACACUUGGCUGCCUUCAAACAAGCGUUCACUGAGUGGCACCCACUCCUCCCACAGCAACCUGUCGCAGACAUCCGUGACCUCUGACAUCCUGGGUGGAGAAGACGUGGACGGUCACAGCAAUACCCACCACACCAAGAUUGCAGAGAGACGCUCCAAUGGUGGCACUGAUAUCCAAGUACUUCGAAUUCAGGGUCCCUUUCGCCCCUGGGGUUCGGCCAAUCAGGGUGGAGGGAUGUGCAGCGACUCAGAAAGUGCUGGAGGGAGCAGCGAAUCACGCUCCAUGGACUCACCCACUGCAAGUCCAGGGGACUUCAAGAGAAGGUUGCCAAGAACUCCCUCUACGGGAACCAUGUCGUCUGCUGAUGACCUGGACGACAGAGAGCCACCCUCGCCGCUGGAUAAUGGUUUAAGUGAGAUGAUAAUCGAGACAGCCAGCUCCCCAGGACCAUUCAGAAACACCCAGAUGUCCAAAGCAGCCCAGACCCACAAACUGAGGAAGCUUCGCGCGCCCUCCAAAUGCAGAGAAUGCGACAGUCUGGUGGUGUUUCAUGGAGCCGAAUGUGAGGAGUGUUCGUUGGCCUGUCACAAGAAGUGUCUGGAAACCCUGGCCAUCCAGUGUGGCCACAAGAAGCUCCAGGGCAGGCUUCACCUGUUCGGCAUCGACUUCACGCAGGCGGCCAGAAACACUCCUGAUGGCGUCCCCUUCAUCAUCCGGAAAUGCACAUCUGAAAUAGAGAACAGGGCGCUCAACAUCAAGGGGAUCUACCGCGUGAACGGUGCCAAGUCUCGGGUGGAGAAGCUUUGCCAGGCGUUUGAGAACGGCAAAGACCUGGUAGAGCUGUCCGAACUGUAUCCCCACGACAUCAGCAACGUGCUCAAACUUUACCUGAGACAGCUUCCAGAGCCGCUCAUUCUGUUCCGUUAUUACAACGACUUCAUCGGUUUGGCGAAGGAAAGCCAGAGCAUCAUCGUGGAAGAACUUGAAGCCCAGCGGCUCAGUCCCAGCACCAUUACAGCAGCCCAAUUCAGCGUGGAGCUCAACAGGGUGCUGUUCAAAAUCAAGGAUCUGGUGAGACAGCUGCCUCCAGGACAUUACAAGACCCUGCAGUUCCUCAUAGAGCAUCUUCACAGGGUGACCGAGUGUUCGGAGGAAAACAAGAUGACGGCCAGCAAUCUUGGGAUCAUCUUCGGCCCAACGCUGAUCAAGCCGAGGCAGGCAGACGCCGAAGUUUCCCUUUCCUCUCUGGUGGAUUACCCCUACCAGGCACUCAUUGUGGAGCUUCUGAUCCGACACUACCAGAUGAUUUUUGACACCCCUCUCAGCCCUCUGCGGAGCAUCUCACCCACAGAGGCAGAUUCUCACCCUUGCCUCACCCAGCAGGAGAAGGAGCAGCUGAGCAGGCACUCCAAGUCGCUGGGAGACAUCAAGGAGCAGAGCUCAAAGGUGUUUAAGAGGCAUUCCUCCAUAAUACCUUCUUCACACUUAUUAGCUGAGGUUCAGGAGACCAUGCCGACGCUCGAUGGAAGUGACUUCAAACCUGGUGGUGAGGUGAACUCAGAGACCCUAAAUGGUCUGAUGUCAUCAAGUAUCCCUGAGAUUCCAAAACCUGGAGAGAAGGGUCUCUGCCGCUCCCAGCAGGUCACGAUCAGCAGGGUUCAGCUCCGACACCCCCGCAACAAACUCUCCUCCCGACCGUUGAGCAUGCCGGCCGAGCAGGUUCUCGGCCGCGGGACGGUGGACGAGAACAACACCCGGAACAGUGCCAACUGGGAGAACAAGAAGGGAGGCAACUGCAACCAGUCCAUCGAAGAGGUGGACGAGACGGAGAAUAGCAAACUGCGAGCCGGCGCUCAUUACCGGAGCACAUUCAUCGACACGCAGACGCUACGGCGAACAUGGGACAAACAGUACAAGUACGACGUGGCCUCCAGAGCCGCCAGACUGCCGGCCAGCUCUCAUUCAGAGAGCUCCUCGCUGGACGCCAGCGUCUUAUCAACUUCUGUGCCGUCUGUCUUGAACCUUGGAACUGCAGGCAGCACCAUCAGCACUAUCUACCCCAACAGACCUUACACAGUGGCAGUGCGACCCAGUAGGACUCUAAAGAGGGAGGACAAUGUGUCGAAGAACAGCACGAUACCAACAGUUUUCAGAGCUCCAAGGACCCUCCAGCCUCCCCCAGGAACUUUCUACAAGCCUCCCUCAGGGAGCAAAGCCAAAGGGCUGCAGAACUGUAAGCUAGCUAACAGCGCUGAGGAGGAAGAUGAUGAUGAGGAGGAGGAUGAUGAGGAGGAGGAUGAUGAUGACGAUGAGGAGGAGGAGGAGGAACUGGGGAUUGAGAUAGAGGUUUCAGUAGACGAGCCUCUUGAGGAGGUUGACCAGGCAGCCAUGUCUCAUUCUCCCAGUUCCAGCCCUGAAGAAAUAGGUCAAAACCAGGCGAAACCAGUAUACCAGAGACUGCGCCCCAGGCACCUUCAAGAGGUAGAACACAGAGAGGCCCAUUUCGUCUGAUCAGCUAGGAGAGCUGAUUAAAAACUGUGGCUUAAUGUGAACGAGUUCCAUAUCAUUCCAAAAAACAACAAAACGAUGCGUGAACAGAAAUAUUCUACCUGUUGUUGAUUUAAUCCUCGAAAGACAAACAGGACGCACUUAAACCACUGCAGAUCCUUCAACUCAUUCACAAUUCUGUUCCAAUUACUCAGCACCGUAUUUAUAAUUUCUAUUAAACUGUGCAAUUAUGUUUUUGUUUUUCUUUAUAUAUUUUGUACAAAGUUUCUACAGACUCAUUAUGGAUGUUUGUUUUAAUGCCAAAAAGUUGGGUGGGAAUAAUCAGAUUAGUGUUUAUAAUUCGUACCACAACACUGAAAACAAUCCAGUGCACUUACCCUGACACGAAUACUCUUCUUCGGACCUGACGGAGCUGCCUGUGAGAACGACUGUUUUAAUCUGUUACAUUUAGGUUACUUUCUAAUAAAGUUGUGUAUAAAGCUGGAUGAACACAUUUACAUACAUGCCCCAUGGGAUAGUUUGCUGGCAGGAAAACAAAAUAGCUGUUAUAUUUUUAAACUUGGAUGAUGUCAACUUGUCUGACAGGUUUUUACAAAUGCCACUAGGGCUUUUUCACUAUAUGUUUUAAUAUCACCUUUAAAUUUUAAUAGCCAAAGCUGGUUCUGUUUAUUUUUUUGUUUUUGUACAACCUUAGUAGUCCUAUCAGUAACACAAACUUGUCCAUUGUAAGUAAUAGGAAGUACAUCCUUUAUUUAAACUGUAUCUGUUUUUUUUUUUCAUUGUAAUGUACAUGGUUGACAAACUGUUAAGAGGUUCAUUGUAAGGAAAAAAAGAGGAAAAAAAAAACAGGUACAUUUAAACAAACACCCUUCUGUAACUUAUUAAAAUAUAUAUGAAAACAAA